CGAAAUAUGGCAACUUUGAAAGAUAUUACCAGGCGACUAAAGUCGAUCAAAAACAUCCAGAAAAUUACCAAGUCUAUGAAAAUGGUAGCAGCAGCAAAAUAUGCCCGAGCUGAGAGGGAGCUGAAACCGGCUCGAGUAUAUGGAGUAGGAUCACUGGCUCUCUAUGAAAAAGCUGAUAUUAAGGUGCCUGAAGGCCAGAAGAAACACCUCAUUAUUGGUGUAUCCUCAGAUCGAGGACUUUGUGGUGCUAUUCAUUCCUCAAUUGCUAAACAGAUGAAAAGUGAGGUGGCCACGCUCACAGCAGCCGGAAAAGAAGUUAUGCUUGUUGGAGUUGGUGAUAAAAUCAGGGGCAUACUUCAUAGGACUCAUUCUGACCAGUUUCUGGUGACAUUCAAAGAAGUGGGAAGGAAACCCCCUACUUUUGGAGAUGCGUCAGUUAUUGCCCUUGAAUUAUUAAAUUCUGGAUAUGAAUUUGAUGAAGGAUCUAUCAUCUUUAAUCGAUUCAGGUCUGUCAUCUCCUAUAAGACAGAUGAAAAGCCCAUAUUUUCCCUUAAUACCAUUGAAAGUGCUGAAAGCAUGAGUAUCUAUGAUGAUAUUGAUGCUGAUGUGCUGCAGAAUUACCAAGAAUACAAUCUGGCAAACAUCAUCUACUACUCUCUAAAGGAGUCCACCACUAGUGAGCAAAGUGCAAGGAUGACAGCUAUGGACAAUGCUAGCAAGAAUGCAUCUGAGAUGAUUGAUAAACUGACUUUGACAUUCAACCGCACCCGCCAGGCUGUCAUCACAAAAGAGUUGAUUGAAAUCAUCUCUGGUGCUGCAGCUCUGUAA